AUGACCCAGGACAAAUAUUGCGCCCUUUGCUUAACAACAGAAUCGCGAUGGUUUUUAAGUGUGUUCAGUGCGGCCAACAAAAAUCUCAACAUGCCAUCGAUCAUAUCGAAGCAUCUGUGGUUUAAUCUGGAAAAGGAUACCGAUCCGCACAUCUGCAUCGAUUGUUGGACUACGGUGAAUGAAUUUCAUUUAUACUACACCAAACUUGAAACUAUCCAUAACGAAGGUUUGGACAAUGCUUCGGUUUCGGCUUAUGAUUCCAUCGAACUGAAGAAUAUCGAAUUUCUGGAGGAAGAUGCCGACGAGCUGUUGCAGAUAACACAGGUUUCAUCGUACGAUGACACCCGCGCUGAACAAGGAAGUGGUAAAAGCUAUUCGAGCUUUGCCCAGAAGCAUAAGCCCAACCUACUGCACUCAAAAAGCAUCGACAGUGAAAAGGAGAUUGAGGUAGAUGGAUACAAAAUUGUUAAAAUUGAAGUUGAGGAUGAUCCAGAUGAGGAUGACGAAACACCGUACGAUGAUGAUGAGGAUGAUGAUCAAAGCGAACGCGAAACUCUCAAAAAGGUUCACCUAACUAAACCAGUUAUCUUAAACGGAAGAACCAAUGUGAAUGUUGCUAGUGAAAGUUCAACGAUUGCUAUCGAUAUCCUAGUAUCGGAAGCAACGCCCGUGAAGCGUGGGAGAGGCCGUCCGCCAAAGCGGAAACCUGAACAACAGCAAUCACAUCAUGCACACAGCGAACUGCAAGGGCCCGCCAAAAUAAAGAAUGAAUUGAACAAAUCUAGUGCAUCGGUAGGUUCAACAGGUGGGAACGCAGAGGAUGUGCCCGUAAAGCGUCGCAGGGGGCGACCACCGAAGAGUGCAAAAGCGCAACAAACCGUAUCAAGCACAACGCCACACACAGAAACGAACGAAACGGUAUCGGAAAGUACCGAAGAGGUGACACCCGAACGGUACAUAUCACGGUCGGGGAGGAGAUCAACGCGCGUACGCAAAAUCAAACACUACAGCGAUAUGGAGCAAGCAAGCGAUGAAGAAAGUGAAGAGCGCAACGCAGAAUACAUACUGGGCGAAGAUCCGGAUUACGAAGCGAGGUUGGAGCUGCAGAAGCAGCUGAACAUGGAUGACUAUGCCUUCUACGAGUACCAGUGCAGCUUGGAAUCGGAGCAGGUCGCGCGCGACAAUAAGAUAUUCCAGUACGUGGACGAAUUCGCUUGCUACCUGUGCACGGAAAAGGUCACGUUUAAGCGGUUUGCCGACGCACAUCUACACUAUCGCGUGGAGCACAAUCAGCCGCCGUUUUUGAAAUGUCCCAAAUGUGACAAAAAGUGUCACACCCCGGGAAUGUUCGUAAGCCACAUGGAAACGCACGAUGAUCCGGAGAAAAACAAGUGUGAAAUAUGCGGAAAGUACAACGAUUGUAACAUCUCGCUUAAAAAGCAUAUGCGCGUGCAUCAGAGCCAACUGGAGGAGAAUUUACCCUAUCCCUGCAGUCUGUGCAAGCGAAAGUUCUCGUCAGAGGAGCUACGAGCUAAGCACGAAAAAUUGCACGUACCAAAGCCUUACGUACCGAAGGAAAAGGGCCCCGAUCAGGAAGUGCUCGAUUUCUUCAAAACCAUCGUAUGCGACAUCUGCGAAGAAGAGAGCGGCCAUUCCAUUUCGUUCGACAACUUGAGCGAUUUGCGUGCACACAUGGUUAAGGAACAUAGCAAAAGUAUGUACGUGCGAUGUCCGGUGUGCACUACGCGACAGUGUAAUCGGCAGCAGGUCAUCACGCACAUUGACAUGCACAACAAUCCAGAUAAAUAUCGGUGCGAAAUUUGUAGUGAAGUACACCAGAAUCUUCACCAACAUAUGCUGAAGGCACAUUCACCGAAUACAGAACUAUCGACCGAUACCGCCAAACACAAGUGUGAACAGUGUGGGAGAACGUUUAACUUCUUGGCCAAUUUAAAAAUGCACGUAGACUGCGUCCAUGGACAGAAAGACGUGCAGUGCAAUGUCUGCCAUAAGUACUUCAACUACAGAGCCUACCGUACCCACAAACGAACCGCCCACACGGACUUGAUGCUUAUGUGCGAACUUUGUCCAAGAAUGUUUAAAAAUCGUAAAUCCUUCGAGGCGCAUAAAGCUUUCCACGAUAGUUCCCUGCUGCGGAUGACACAGUGCGCGCUCUGUGGCAAACAAAUCCGCACCUGCAGCAUGUCCAAGCACAUGAAAACGAUCCAUUCGGAGGACGAUCCGGUAAAUUGCGAUCUGUGCGGCAAAAUGUUCCGCACACCGUUCCACAUGAAGCGCCAUCAGAAAAAUACCUGCGAGGUAACGAUGGAUUCACGGUCGUUCAAGUGCGAGGUAUGUGGCAAAGGUUUCUCCACGAAGCUGACCAUGGUCGAACAUAUGACGACACAUACCCGCACGAACCAGUAUCAGUGUGCAUUCUGCUUCAAAUCGUUUGGAUACAUCUCCAAUCUGUACAAGCACCGGAAGAAGGCACAUCCGCAGGAAUGGCAGGAGGUACAGGCGCACCCGGAAGAAAACAUUCCGUCGGUUAUCGUUGUGAGAAACUAG